UGGCGACUGCAGGAGCUGCUGCUUCAAAUAUCAGACAGAAAAAACGUCUGUCUAUAGCUCCUACGCCCCUUUAAACAACUGCUUAAACUUAAAAACACUCGAAGGGAUAAUGAGGAAAAUUGGGUCGGUUGGUGAUGAAUAUCGCAAUAUUUCCCUUGAAUAUGUGUCUCGCGGAGCAGCGAAAAACAGCCGUUAAUCUGAGGGUGAUGAUUCACUGGUAAUUUUCCAGCAGCGCGAGUGUCUCCUCAGACAAAAACACCCCGAAAUAUUCAUAAAGAUGAAAUUUACCGAGCACCUGUCUGCCCACAUCACCCCGGAGUGGAGGAAACAAUACAUUCAAUAUGAGGCUUUUAAAGAAAUGUUGUAUGCCGCCCAGGACCAGGCCCCAUCAGUUGAAGUCGCAGAUGAAGACACUGUCAAGAGAUACUAUGCCAAGUUUGAGGAGAAGUUCUUCCAAACAUGCGAGAAGGAGCUGGCCAAAAUCAACACUUUCUAUUCAGAGAAGCUCGCAGAAGCUCAACGGCGUUUUGCCACGCUACAGAACGAGCUGCAGUCGUCUUUGGACGCGCAGCGUGAGAGCAGUCGAGCCACGGGCCUGCGUCGCCGGCGCACCGUGUUCCACCUGUCGCAGCAAGAGCGCUGCAAACAUCGCAAUAUCAAAGACCUGCAGCUGGCCUUCAGCGAGUUCUACCUCAGCCUCAUCCUGCUGCAGAACUACCAGAAUCUAAACUUCACAGGUUUCCGUAAGAUUUUAAAGAAACAUGACAAGAUCUUUGAGACGGUGCGAGGGGCAGACUGGCGUGUUGCCCAUGUGGAAGUGGCUCCUUUUUACACCUGUAAAAAAAUCACUCAGCUAAUCUCUGAAACCGAGACCCUCGUUACCACAGAGCUGGAAGGGGGAGACAGACAGAAGGCCAUGAAGAGGCUGCGAGUGCCCCCACUGGGUGCAGCACAGCCUGCACCAUCAUGGACCACUUUCAGAGUUGGACUGUACUGUGGUGUCUUCAUUGCUUUAACAGUCACUGUCAUCAUCACAGGUGUGGUAAAGCUUAUAAUAGGAGAAGAGAAGAAUGUGUGGCCCCUGGUCAGAAUUUAUCGGGGUGGUUUCCUUCUCAUCGAGUUCCUUUUCUUGUUGGGCAUCAACACGUAUGGCUGGAGGCAGGCCGGUGUGAACCACGUCUUAAUAUUUGAGCUCAACCCCCGCAAUAACCUGUCUCACCAACAUCUCUUUGAGAUUGCUGGUUUUCUUGGAGUCCUUUGGUGCGUCAGUAUUCUGUCCUGCCUCUUCGCUAAGGACAUAAAGAUCCCUAUACAAGCAAACCCUCUAGCGCUCUAUGGAUUCUUCUUCUUUUUCCUCAUCAACCCUUUCAAAACCUGCUAUUACAAAUCUCGCUUCUGGCUCCUCAAAUUACUGUUUCGAGUGGUCACAGCUCCAUUUCACAGAGUGGGGUUUGCAGAUUUCUGGCUGGCUGACCAGCUCAACUCUCUAGUGGUAGUUCUGAUGGACCUGGAGUACAUGAUCUGUUUCUACAGUAUGGAGCUGAACUGGGCAGAGUCUUAUGGGGAGCUAGAGAUUAAAGAGGGUGGAGGGAUUUGUCACACGUAUUCAUACGGUGUACGAGCUGUAAUCCAGUGCUUGCCUGCCUGGUUCCGAUUUGUGCAGUGCUUGAGACGGUACCGGGACACAAAGCGUGCCUUCCCUCACCUAGUCAAUGCUGGCAAAUACUCUACUACUUUUUUCGUGGUCAUCUUUUCUGCACUCUAUAAAACACAUAAAAAUUUUCAGGAAGAACCAGUCUUCUUUUACCUGCUCAUUGCCUGCCUGAUCAUUAACUCUUGCUACACCUUAUUAUGGGACCUGAAGAUGGACUGGGGUCUGUUUGACCGUAACGCAGGGGAAAACACCCUCCUCAGAGAGGAGAUUGUAUAUCCACAGAAAGCUUACUACUACUGUGCCAUAGUAGAGGAUAUCAUUUUGCGCUUUGCCUGGACCAUUCCUCUUUCUCUUGGGGUUGUGACUGCAUAUCCGAACACCUCUGAUAUUUUGGCCACUGUACUCGCACCGCUGGAGGUCUUUAGACGCUUUGUUUGGAACUUCUUUCGUCUGGAGAACGAGCACUUGAACAACUGUGGUGAGUUCAGAGCGGUGCGGGACAUCUCAGUAGCGCCUCUGAACGCAGACGACCAAACUCUGCUGGAGCAGAUGAUGGACCAGGAGGAUGGAGUGAGGAAUAGAUUUGGAAAGAAGAACUGGAAGAGGAGCUACAGUGUAUCCUUGAGAAGACCACGUCUCUCCUCCCAGUCAAAGAUCCGGGACACCAAGGUCCUGAUAGAGGACACAGAUGAUGACACCUGACCCCAACAUCCUAAAUGGCUUGAUAAAGUAUUUUUUAACGGACCAUAGACCUCAGACCUUGAAAACUCUUGAAAAGCUAUCCAAUCAAUCCAUCACAAAGCUGCCUGACUACACCACACACAUUUCACUGACUCGUACACACAUACAAGCUCACAAUGGAUGCAGCUGCCACCUAGUUAUUUUUAUAUUUUUGAUUCCUUUGUUACUUUCUUGAUCAUUUUUUUAAGAUCCAAUACGUGGAAGACAAAAAAGAACGAAAUCAAAGGACAGUGUAUAUAAAUGCCACUUCACAAACCACUUGAUUGAAGUGCGACCAUUGAAAUCAUACCCUUGAUUGUGGAGGCUCCAGACGUGAAAAACUCUUUGCAGCAAUUGUGCUCAAUCGGUUUGAACAAUUUGGCUUCAAAGACUUAUGAGGAGGGUAUGAAGACUGUAGUGUGACAUUCAUGAAGCAGACACCUGGACUGGUUUGCCCUCAUUAAUGAAAAUGGCAAUUUCUGCUUUUUGUACAUUUCAUUGUUAUUUAUGUGAAGGAGAGAUGCCUUGAACGUUGCUUUUAAGGAUUUUUUUUUUUUUUUUAAACAAUGGCUAGGAUUUACCUUGGACUCUUGACCUGUUCAGAUGGGACCUCCAUAUGCUUUUGAACAUGCCUCAGGUAGCUUUGGAGAAUGCAAACAGAUUUCAAAAUUCUAAUAAAGCUGCAGUGUAUCAUGAGAACUGAAGCUAGAGUCAAGCAGAAUUGCAAUCUGUUUAAAUGGCCUAACUCAGAAACAUUGCCUCAACCAGUGGCAUGGGUUUGGGGCAGGACUUCCCUGUCUAGGCAACAGCAGAUGGGGGAUGUGUUUGAAACUUGUUUGAAAACAGUCACUAUUUCUGCUUUGUAGUGCAGAAAUUGCACACUGCAGCUUUCAAUACUUUGCAGGUCUUAGUGAAACAUCAACCAUCACCAAGAAAAACAUAUUUAACCACCGACCUAGUUACCUGGGUAAAUGUCUGAAAUGCCAAAUGGGACUUUAUGCCUAUGUUUGUUUGUUUUAAAACAUUUUUCCUUUGUGUGUUUUAAAGCAUGAAGUCAAUGCAAUUUGAAGAAGUGCUGCUUUACAGGCUUGGGAAAAGAAAAAUUAUCUUGCUUUAAAAGUGUCAGGCUCAUGUUAGAGCAAGCCAAAUGUCUGAAACGUUCCAUAAACAUUUUCUAGUAGUGGUUUUAAGGGGGGGAUGUCUUGACAAUUCUCACUUACAACAUGAUAGUCCUGAAACCCCCUUUAUUUAAUUUUAAAUACUUGUUAAAGUGCACACCUAACAUUACAGUGAAUUAUUAUUCACCCGAUACAUUCCUGAAGUAGCAUUCCAUGUAAGUAUUUUCUGUUUUUUAGCCAUUAUCUUCCAGGGUCUGAUCUAUUUUGCUUAUGCCGCCAGAGGGUUUCAGGGAGGAACAAUACCUUCCAUUUUCCUUCCUCUUGAAUCCUUGACCACAUCACUGGGCCUUACUCAAGAAACAUGAGCGAAUUGUGUGUAGAACCUUUUUUACGUAAAUUGUCAUUCAAUUCAGUGUGACAGUUUUACAUAGGAUUGGUUUUACAGCUGAUUACGACCAUUUAGAAUUGAGUUCUCAAUCAAAAUGUCUAUUUGCACCUCUGUAAUAACAGCUGUCUGUGAACAAUUCAAGAAGACUUGACAGGGACGUACAGUGUAUUAGGUCAUGAGGAAAUGGACUAUGACUGCAAACUCUGUUACAUUCCCUACAUGAUCACACCCAGAAAAUCCAGGUAAAACAGGAGGUACUGAAGUCACACAUUCAUUAACUGCUGGUGGUUAACAAGUGUAACUGCCAUCAUGGAAACAUGGGUUCAACUCAAAAGAUAACUCACCGGCUCCACCUCACAUGCCAUGUCAUGUACUACUGUCCCAAGUUAACACUUGGACAAAAAAUAAAAAGAUUUAUCUGUG